UCGGACCUGCCGUUGUUCGAGGUCCACAAAGGCGGUGGGGCUACCUAGCCUGCGGGACUAUCAAUCUCUUGAAACCAUCAGAACCAGCUGCCGAAUCCAGGUCCAGGGUGGAUCGCUGCGGUUCCAGGUCCACGAAGCAGCCGCAGAGCACCGCUACCGGUAGCUGUAUAGUCCGUGCUCGUUGAGAGUCUAUUAAUCGAUUGUGAACCAUCAGGGCCAGUGGCUGUUCCAGGUCCACGAGGCAGCGGCAGUGUCUAUCAAUCGCUUGGGAACCAUCAGGUUCAGUUGCUGUUCUACGUCCACGACGCAGCGGCAGAGUCUAUCAAUUGCUUGUGAACCAUCAGCCUGAGGUGCAGUAGCUGUUCCAGGUCGACGAGGCAGCGGCAGAGUAUCGCUACCGGUAGUCCGUACUGUCGGCGAUUGAUAGAGUCUAUCUGUCAAUCGUUCGUCAUCAAUCAGGACCAGCGGCUAUUCCAGGUCCAGAGUAUCGCUACCGGUAGUCCGUACUGUGGCAGAGUAUCGCUACCGGUAGUACGUACUGUCGGAAGAGUAUCGCUACCGGUAGACCGGUAGUCCGUACUGUCGGCAGAGUAUCGCUACCGGUAGUCCGUACUGUUCCAGGUCCACGAAGAAGCUGAAGAGAAGUGUGCCGCUGCUAGUGGCGAAGAUCAGGUGUGGGAGUGGAUGUGGAAGUGGGAGUGGGAGCGGGAGCGACCAGUGAUCAGGAACGAACGACCGGCGGUAGAAGUUAGCAACGGCGACCGGUCGCAGCCAUGAAGAUCAAAACCAUAUCCCGAUCAGAGGAGGAGUUUACCAGAGAGAGAACCAAUGACUUGCGGAAAGUCUUCCGGAACCUGGACCCCAAACUCCACCCAAUGGAGAAAGCCCAUGAAUACACGCGAGCGCUCACGGCAGUCAAAUUAGAUAAGAUUUUUGCUAAGCCAUUUGUUGCCGCACUGGAUGGCCACAUGGACGGAGUCUCAUGCAUGGCGAAGAAUUUCCAUAAGCUCAACUGCCUCAUCUCUGGAAGCAUGGAUGGAGUUAUGAACACGACCGAAGUAGAUGCGACCAGGAGCUAUGUGAUCACCAAUGAGUAUGAGCAAGGAUGCUUACGGGCGAUCAGAACCUUCCCCGGUCACAAGGGUGCUGUCACGGGACUCGCUGUAUCGACUGAUGGGGAGCACUUUCUCUCCUGUGGCAAUGACUGCACAGUGAGGCUAUGGCAGCUUCCAGUUACAGAGGUAGGGGAAGCAACUCGAGGUCCGCCGGAAGAAGAGGAGGAACUGGGGAUCUACCAAGGUAAAAAUGCAUUCAGGGGUAUUGACCAUCAUUGGCAAAAGAACAUAUUUGCAACAGCAGGUGCACAAGUUGAUAUCUGGGAGCUGGAACGGUCCGAACCUGUGAACUCCUUCACCUGGGGAUCAGAUACUGUGGUCUCGAUUCGAUUCAAUCCGGCGGAGCCCGACGUGUUUGCAAGCACUGGCAGUGACCGAAGCAUAGCCCUUUAUGAUCUUAGACUUGGUACACCAUUAAGGAAGCUCGUCAUGCAGGCAAAUGAGGAUUGCAACUUGUAUACAUAUGACAUGAGGACGCUGAAGGCUGCAUUGUGUGUACAUAGAGACCAUGUCUCAGCAGUGAUGGAUGUUGAUUACUCACCGACAGGAAGAGAGUUUGUCACUGGGUCAUAUGACCGAACAGUGCGCAUCUUUGGACAGAAUGCGCCCAGGAGCCGGGAGAUUUAUCAUACAAAGCGCAUGCAGAGUGGUGAUGCAGCCUACGUGAUGUCAGGAAGCGACGACUUCAAUGUUCGCAUCUGGAAGGCCAAGGCUUCGGAGAAGAUGGGAGUGCUUCUUCCAAGGGAAAGGUUCCGCCAGAACUACUUGGAGAAGGUGAAGGAUCGGUACAAGCAUCUGGACGAAAUCAAGAGAAUUGACAGGUGCACUCGGUGCCAAGAUGGUACUCGGUGCCAAGAUGGUACUCGGUGCCAAGAUGGUACUCAGUGCCAAGAUGGUGCAGUGAGUGGUGAAACCGUGGGGCCAGAUGCAGUGCCACGGUUCCAAGGCGUUAGCACUGCGGAAUCGAGGUACAGGAGGGCAUUCGUUCCACAACGAAGCUCCCUGGACCCUUGUUGAGAGUACACAUCCCUGGCCUGUUUCUCCACGCCUAUUGAGCAUGACACGAG